AACAUCAUAAACAGUUGAUUGCUUAUACAUGUACAUAUGUUACGUAUAUUGUAACAGUGUAAACUUAUCUCUCUUACUGAUACUAAUGGCUACUGUUACUGGUAUCUACUGGUCUCUUGUACUGACUGGAUGCAUGAGUCUUGCUCUAUCUACUGUAGUGCUCUUUCAACAAAAAGUUCCUAAUCCUGGUAUAGUACCAUGUCCUGGUGAUAGAGUUGAACUAGAGUGCAUAACUAAUGCUGGUACUGAGAUUGCUACCGUAUUCUUGAGGAUUAAUGAUGGCGGAGCAGCUCAAUUGACAAAUGAGAGUAGAAUUCAUUUACAAGGUAGCUACACAUUUAAUGUUACUAAAGUUGAAGCAACUAUGAGUGGCAAUAUAAUGAGUAGUAUUGCUACUACUGACGAACCAGUGGAUGGUACUAUUCUUAGUUGUGCAGGAGCUGAUCUUAUGCUUGUUAGCUUGCGUAUCAAUGUUUCAGGUCCACCAUUAUCAGUCAAUAAUAUAACAAUUGAUCCAAUUAAUAAUAGUACAAUAUUUAUUAAUUGGAUAGUACAAGAGCAUGUAGAUCAUUAUAAUGUUACUAUUAUUAGUAACAACAGAAAUACUGAGUCUCUUACUACUAACGAUACUAAUAAAACUAUCAAUCCUCUUAUUAUUGGUACUAAUUAUUCAUUUAUUAUUAUUCCUGUUGAUAUGUGUGGAAGUGAAGGACCUCCUUCAUCAUUAAUACAGUAUAUAUGGAAUGUACCAGCUCAAGUUGUUAAUAUUAGUUGGGAUCAGAUAUCAACUGAUAGCAUGACAAUAUGGUGGAGUAACACUCAAGACUAUACUAUUAUACCAGUUCCUCCUACUCAGUAUUACAUUAUUAGUGUAUACAAUACAUCAAACAGUAUUAUAUACAAUAAUAAUACAACUAAUACUAAUACUACUAUCACUGGAAUAUCUCUUACUGAUACAAACUACACCGUUGCUAUUAUACCUGUUAAUAUCAUUGGAUAUGGACCAUCAGCUACAAUUACUAUUACUGGUACAGUUAUAAUGCAAAUAUCAUCAACUUCAAUAGUUAUGGUUACAAAAACUUCCAGUACCGACUCGUCAUACACAAUGUCACCUAUAUCAACUCAUUCAUCAACUACUAAUGAGCCCACUAUUACUGUAAUUCCAAUCAAACCCAGUAGCCAUUUGAAUAUUGUUCCUGUUAUAUCAACAGCUACUGGAGGAAUAAUAUUAAUUAUAAUCAUAAUUAUUAUUAUUAUUAUAAUAUCAACACUAAUAGUACUGAAAUGCAAGAAACAAAGAAGUAAAGACAAUGAAGUACCUAAAAACAUUGAUGCAGCUACUCCUACAUACGAUGAGAUAAUUGUUAAGGCAGCUACAGUACCAAUAUAUGAUACACCAAUGGAACUACAGGCUAAUACUGCUUAUGAUAGACCUGUCAUUAAUAAAGAUAUGAUUGAUGUACAUAAUAACGCUGCAUAUGGACAAAUAACGACGUAAAAUAGCUGAUUCGGACUAAUUUUAAAGCAGUGUAGUUUCAAUU